CCCAAUUUGUAUAAUCUGAUUGAAUUGUGCCUUGAAAGUGCCUUGAGAUGACAUGUUUCAUGAAUUGGCACUAUAUAAAUAAAUUUGAAUUAAAUUGAAUUGAAUUGAAGGUUAACAGACAUGUGAUCGAAUGAAGUGACGAGCAUUGUGAUUUAAUCAUUUUAGCAUAAUUUUUCUCUUUUGUCUCUGGUAGUAACACUAUUGCGUGGCUUACUUCCUCUUUAAUGAUUAACAGCUUUUGUUGUGUUAUUUUUUUAUUUUUAUUUUUACAAAUCUGCCCACACAGAACAGGUCGGGCGUUAGUGGUUGACCUUAAAAGGAUCUCUAAGCCACAUCCUGGACUGCUUAUAAACAGAGAGGAGAUGAACAUCUGCUGCAUGCAGACUCUCGGUUCUUCAGGCAGACAUCUAUUUUAUUUCUCUAUUUAAACGCAUUUAUUGGCCAUAACUUUGAAACAAGACUUAUCAGAUUUCAAGCCCUGAGGUGAAACUUCUGAGAGCCGUCAUCAUGACUCCAGCUGUUCUUUUCUUCUUCUUCCUCUCAAUGAUGGAUGGCUGUCUGAGCGCACCAGCUGAAAUAAAAAAUCAAACGGAUAGGAUCACAGAUGCCAUCCCAGGACCCAAGCUUAACCUAAAACCCCCUGUGCUGCAUGGAGACAUUGCCGUACCAACUACCUUCACCAGGAAUGCAGACCCAUGUGCAUUCAAUGUCUGCAAGUGGCCCAAAUCGGGAGGUUACGUCCAAAUUCCCUAUUACAUCUCACCGGACUUCUCUGAGGCAGAAAGGAGAAUCAUCAAUCUGGGGAUACUGAGCUUCCACCAGCGCACCUGCAUUCGUUUUGUUCCCUGGAGUUCUGGUGUUCGAGAUUUCAUAUAUUUCUUUUCUGAACCUAACUCUAGGUGCUGGUCCUAUCUGGGUCGUCAAAGAGGAACACAGCACAUCAGCCUUGAGAAAAAUAGAUGUGUAUACUUCUCAACUGUGCAGCAUGAGCUUCUUCAUGCUCUAGGCUUCCACCACGAGCAGGUCCGCUCGGAUAGAGAUGAAUACGUCUGGAUUCUCUACAACAACAUUCAGCAAGACAAACAUUACCUUUUCGAAAAGCAGCCGACGAACAACUUGGGAACUCCCUACGAUUUUGGCUCUGUCAUGCAUUACAACAAUUACGCCUUCUCCAGUAACGGGUUGCCAACCAUCCUAGCGAAGUCCAAUCAUAACCUCGCCUUUGGAAACGCCAGUGAAAUGAGCGAAAAUGACAUUGCUCGUGUCAACAAGCUUUACAGAUGCUAUGGCUCAUCUAAACGGCAGAGCCGCAUGAAUCCAGAUGUGCUGUACUGAAAUACAUCAUUUUAAAGCAACAGCUUUCUCGCUAAGCCUGUGUGUCUGCAAUCCUUCAAGUCAGAAAAAUAGAAAAAGAACAUGUCAGUGCUUGAUUGUUCACAAUACAUUUUUUUGAGUGGUGUUUUACACAUUGUGACACUGUAAUGAAGUAAGUCGUUCUGUGUGAGUCCAUAAAUUUGUGCAAACAGGUCUGUUUAGUAAAUGUGAGCUUAUGUCUCAAUGAGACUACCUGCAUAAAGAACAGUUUAAUAAUAACAUUUUGUAAAGAAAAACUGGACAACAAUCUAGUAAAAAGUGGUUUUAAAAGUCAUUUAACUCAAAGGCCCCCAUAUUGUAAUAAAAGAAAAUGAAUUAGUGAAACAAAAAAGUAAAAACAAUGUUGAAAUUUUAUUUUUGAGCACACUGACCACUGAAUUUUAUAACCAGAAUGAAUGUGUUUAUUUUACAAAGAAUAAAAUUAUGUAUUGUAACCCAAAAGCUUAUUAUUGCCGCUCAAUAAACUUUAAGCAUUAUCAUUAAA